CUAUCUUACAUGACCUCACGUCACCCCGCCUCAACCCAACUUGCGCAGCAAAACUUCUCAAAAACAACUGCCCAAAGACCUUGGUCCUUUCAACGAAGCUUCUCAAAAACAACAGUCUAAAUACCUUCGUCUUGCGCGAAGCUAUUUCCAGAUAACAGCACAGGUCAAAAGGUUGACUGUAAUCUACGCAAGGUACCUAAACUUGAGAUGCUACUUCUCCCCUUCCCUUAUUCAUCAACUAAGUUCAGUCAAUGAUAAAAAGGACUCUUCUAUAUAUGCCACCGUUCAAUAUUCGCAAACACCAUUUUCCGCUCAACCCCUUCUGGAAGCUUUGAACCCAACAUUUUGCGUCACACUUCACCAUGUCUCGUCAUCGCAAAGCUGCCAAGUCCUCCUCUGCCUCCUCCCUUGCGCCCCAGACUCGUGUCCGCAAGAAGGCUAGCCCUGGAACCGAAGCAGGUGCAAAGUGUGAAGUUUCUGUUCCGCCAGAUGUCAAGGAGGAGUUCAAGGCAACCGAGCAGUCUGAAAAGACGACCAAGAGGAAGGUCGCACUCAAACCCACAAUCUCACCUCCAGCAAAGCGUCAGAAGACAACCGUUAUCAAGCCGACCGAGAAUGAUACCAAGACCAUUGCCACCAAUCCAAUCACUCCCAAGAAGCCAGGAGCAAUUCCACAAGAGUCCUUCAAGCCCCAAUUCCGCACCUUUCCCGAAACUCCGAAGACGCCUAGCAAGGUCAAAGACGGCGCGAUGGACAAGAUGGAUGAGUCUGACUCCGAUCCUGAGCCCCGGUCUAUGGCUGUCCAUAGCAGCAGUUCUCGACGACUCAAGACUGAGAUUGCCAAACUCAAGUCUCAGAUUAAGAAACCCAAAGAAUUGGCGUCCAGUAUUUUCACCAGCGCGGUCCACAAAGACAACGAUGAGAAGAAAAACAAAUGUGGUCUUUUGGCUGAAGCCCAUUCUCUGUCCUUUGGCGUUCAGUCUCUCACUAAAGCAAUCACCCAACUGCCUGUCACAGAGAAAAACAGUGGUGCGGAUAUCAAGAAGGCUGUUGAGCACACUGAAGGUGCUGUUGUCUCUGAGCAGCUUCUAGCCGGGAAGCUUAGAGAUGGCGAAGAGGACACUGGCACAGACCUGCUUAGAGAGCUUUUCUUUUGCACGCGAAAGCGCUAGAAUAGUCAUUCAGGAGACCAAACAUGGAGAUAACUAGCAAUAGUGUGUUAAUCUGCAUCUGAAUAAUAGACUGCAUAUGUGCUAUGAUUGCUCUUCAUCCAGAGUCAAGAUAUUUGGAGCAAACGUCGGAGGCUCGCCACUCUCACUCUCUCGUUAGUGGCCUAUUACCGGAAUUUUCCUUUCUUCUGGCUUAUGCUGUGUGGCAACAAUACCAAUGUGUUAUCACGCCAAGAGAACAUUUCAGGUAAGG